GCUCACUCCGAGGUUCGUAAAAUCAAUAACGACGACGACCUGUGGCGACGCCAUGGGACUAGACGCGUCGGCGUUAGUAAGUUCCGAGAGUCUGCUGUGUUACAGACGCCUGUGGAAGAAUAUUUUGCGUGAUCACAGACACUGUUGGUCACACUGGAGGUUUCCACCACAAGCUGUUGGAAUCAUGCGGAGAGGCUGGAGCUCUCUGUGUCAGAUCAAAAUAUACUUCUUGGCCAUUAUAAUGCUCGUCAUAAGUGGAUACCUCUUCUUCUCAGGAACACCUACGGGCGAUGUUAUACUGCGAAGAUUUCUAAAGCCGACUCAAGACGCUGUCUACUAUCACCGCGAGAUUGCAGCACAGUUAGCUGACAUAACCAGAACUCUACGAAACAGUGAAUGUAAAGUUGACCCUCGAAUUCUGCUGAGAUUAAACGCCAUUGCCGGUCAAUUGGAUCCUCGAAUCGCUUUUAGCGACUCCGAAAUGUUAACGACGUUGAGGAAUAAUGAAACGGAAACACACACAGAAGUUUGUGGCGAUGCAAACAACAAAUCAAGAGGAGACUAUCUAUUUUAUCAACAAAACGACCCUCCACUUUGCAGAGGCACAGAACAGAAACGUCCAAUCAGCGAACUAAUCACCGUCAUUGUAAAUAAUGUCGAUAGAAAUUCUAAAAUAUUUUCAGAAAGACUACAGAUUAUAUUGGAUGGCAUUCGUGGUUACCACAAGUUCGUUCCUGUGCUGUUUGCUGACGUCAAUACGAACGUGACGUACGAACAAAAGACAUUCUCUCCUUCGAGAUCUCUCGACAACGUCCGCAUCUUAACCGUGGAGCCUCGAUUUAUUCUAACGCCUGGAGUAAUAUGGAACACUCUGAUUCAAGAAGUUACAACUCCCUACGUUCUUGUCGCUAGAGAUCUAUCUCAUUUCAACGCAUAUGCUAGGUUAGAACGACAGAUUUACAUGAUUUCCAUCUCUGAUUUUAUCGGUGUUGUCGGUGGUGCGUUCAGAAACUUAACAGGACACUGGAAAGUUGGAUGUUACCAGACUGACAUCCGAAAUUAUUUUCUAAGGAUUGUCGAAGGUUAUAAAUAUUCUACCUAUGGAUGCAUGUUCUGUGAUCAUCUGGAAGGACCUUUUGUGGCGAGGACGAGCGUAAUCAAAGAGAUAAAAUUCAACGAAGAAUUACCAGAUGAUGUUCUCUUCAACGAUUGGUUCCUGCGCGUAAAACAGUCCAACGUACUUGCAAUGAACUGUCCCGACGCCAUGUAUUUUACGCACGGAAAAAGUCACACCCAGGAACAAAGUACCCCAAAACAAAGUUCCUGGCUGGUUUUAGCAAAACAAUGGGGAGUACACAGAAUAUUCGUGCCUCCAAAUAUUAUAUAUUUGUUCUCGUGUAAGGAGGUGGGGCUGUCGUGUAAAACAUCCAAAAGAUUGAAAGAACAUCUCAUGCCGUCUUGUUGCUUGGUUCAGAUGGCCAGAGCUUGGAAAGCCUUGGAUGAUUUUGCCUCAACAUACGGAAUCGGCUAUGAACUCAACUCUGGUGCGUUACUAGGAGCAGUGAAGCUGAGGACUCAUUUGCCUUGGGAUGUCGACGCCGACGUCCGUUUCGACACAAGAGAAUAUCUGACAUUUUUCAGGAAACAAAAGGCAUUUAAUAACAAAGGUUUGAAACUGAAAGGAUUUAACUCUGAGGCGAAAGGAUAUUUUCAAAUAUGGACACCGGAAGUCAACAUAGAAAUGUGGGGUUCGGACACUCUAACGAGCAUCUUUCUUCCGGCGGAUGUGAGGGAGGUUCCUACAAGAGUGUACAUGUUGGGUGCUUGGGUGAGAGGUGCUGCGAACCCCGGUCUGUACGCUUGGAACAAGUAUGGAGUUAACUAUUUAAAACAUUCUCCUGUUAGAAGUUGGACCAGCCGCAACAGCACCAUGUACGAGUACCCACUGUGGACGUGGCCACCAUGCCCAAACCCACAGCAUCAUGCCUGCCUUGACCACUAUCCUACUGACGGCAGCUUCGAUUUUGUGCCCCAGAUGGUGCACUGAAGCUGUCUGUCCACUAAGUUAAUAGUGACCAACACGCAGUUACUAUGGUCCAAUUAAUUUAAAUUUUAUCAAAGCAAAUGAUUGACGAUGUCUUUUCACGGAAUAUCAGCUCAUUCUUAAAACAAGGACCAGAUAUAAAAUUUAUAUGUGAUAUGAAUUUUCACAAACAAAUUAACUGGGUUAUUAAACUCCAUACGAUACUUGUGAGGAAGUUAGGAGGAGACUAAAUUCCGGAAAUGCUUGCUACUUCUCAGUCCAAAAUAUUUUGUCUUCCCGUCUGAUUUCUAAGAAC